AUGAACCCUCAUCAAAUUCAGCCAUGUCGCCCCCCCAAUUCUUACAGCGCGGUGGUUCUCGGUGGCACCUUUGAUCGCCUACAUUAUGGUCACCGCCAGUUCCUCAAGGUAGCUGCUGAGUUGGCUAGGAGUCGUAUUGUGAUUGGCAUUUGUGAUGGUGGUCCCAUGUUGGCAAAAAAACAGUUUGCUGACUUGAUACAACCUACUGAGAUCAGGAAAACAAAUGUUUCGGAAUUCAUCAAGUCUGUUAAACCAUAUUUGGUGGUGCAAGUAGAACCUACAGUGGAUCCCUAUGGUCCUUCAAUUGUUGAUGAGAAUUUGGAGGCAAUUGUUGUAAGUAAGGAGACAUUGCUUGGUGGAUUAUCUGUUAAUAAGAAGCGUACUGAGAGAGGCCUUUCAGACCUCAAGAUUGAAGCCGUCGAUUUAGUUUCUGAAGGAUCUUCAGGAGACAAGCUGAGCUCUACGGCGUUGAGAAGGCUUGAAGCGGAAAAGCUUAAGAAAUCUUGA